CACACCUUCGUCACUUUUCGUUCGAGUGGUUUUGUCCAGCCCCUUUCAUUGGCUGUUUUCCCACUGAGGUUGGGGCUAUUUCCCUCCACUCGGAGGUUUUGCCCACCUCUCUCGUAGUUUGUAUGUCCCAUAAUGUCCUGAAUACAUUCCGGGCCAUAGGUCGUGGGGACCUCACGGUCCCUCACUUCUGUUUUGGUUCCGUUCUGGCUUGCUUCCCGCUUGCCCGUUUGCCUCCUUUGCUUCCUCUUCCUCUUCUUAGCUUCGUUCCUCUGCUUUGUGCUUCGCUGCCCCAAGUGCCAGCUUGACAGGUUAUGGCCCUCUCUACGCCCGUCGAAGUGCUGCUCUCGCAGCCUCUUGCUUUGGUCACCGAGCUCGUGUCGUCUCCGGCUGGUGGUAGCACCUCGGUCGAAGUGUUCUCGAAUCUCUCUUUGUAUGCACCCACGCCUGCUCGCGCCAACUUGCCGCCGCCCGUCGCGGUUCGUCCGACUCGCGCCGUCGUGCCGCUUUGGAGCCCCGAUUGUACGAUGCCCGUCAUCACGGUCCUCCCGGACGACCUGGUGCCGUUCACGGGCAUUGCGGUCACGUGGACUGACCCCGUGUGUCGCCACAUCUCGCAGUGGCGCGACUUUGCGGCGACGUUCUCUACGUUUUUGAUGCAGGGCUACCUCACGGACCCGUCGUACUUGCGCAACGAGCUCAAGCUCAAGGCGUCGCAAUCCAGCGCUGCGCCCUCGCAAGCUGCGGCCAAGGCCGCCCUUCCUGCGCCGGACAACAUGACGACCGAGGAGUCCCGGAUGUGCCGUGACGACCUCGAUCUCUAUGCGACUACGCUACGCACGUGGUUCUUCACCCUCUGCGCUGCCGAAGAGCAGAAGCGUGUCCUCGCGAUCCUCUACUCGGCGCUCAGCCCGUCGUUGCACCACCUCAUCAAGAUGUGCUCCACGGCCUACGAGGCGUGGAAGGCUCUAUGUACUGCUGAACUCGCGCUCCUCUCGCCGGCGGCCUUUCCCGACCAGGAGGCUUUUGUCGACACGUUUUCCGUCUUCCCGAGUCGGACCCGACGUCGGAGCCGCGGCAUGUCGUUGGCCCUCGGCUGCGGCAUGCGCUUCGCGACGAUCCAAGUCGCGGUCGAGAGCGGCAACCUCGCGCUCGUGCAGUUCCUUUUGGGAAAUCGACUCGAAGCGAAGCUCAAGGAUGCCAUGUGCCAAGCCGCUGCCAGCAGCGAUCUCCAGAUUCUGCGCUGGCUCGUCACGCAGCCGAAAGCGCCCGACUACAUGCACAAGGUGCUCGAGGCCGCAUGCACCAACCUCAGUGAUGACGUUGUCGCGUACCUGCAGCGUGAGCAUGGCUUGCAACCAACGUUGGCGGAAUCGUCGCGAGUCAAGCGCCGUCGGAAGCGUGAGAAUGACGAGUAA